GUACGGCGUCCUGGAGGAGUCGCCCUCCCCGGUCGUGAGAAGCGAGAGGCCGGACAAACUGUUCGACCAGCUAGUCGCGGUGGUCCAGGCAGCGGACCAGAAAAGAGGUGUCGACAUCUCGGCCUUCUGGGUAAACCAAGGCUGGGACGUCGUCGUGAUCAUCACCGCCCUCUCUCGGCCGCAGCUGGCGUCCAUCGCCGAGGCGAUCCACCUGAAAACGAAGAAGGACACCCUGCGCCUGCGGCGCCAGAACUACGAGAACCCGCUGACCAUCCGCGAGGAGGCGGCGUCUGGGUGGUGCGUCCUGAAUUGGCCGCGGUUCAUCGUCCACGUCAUGACCCCGGUGCAGCGACAGUACUAUGACAUCGAGGGCAACUGGAAGAGUAACGACGACUACGAGCCCAUCCCGCUGCACGACAUCCUCCGGGAGGACGGCUACGGCAACAUGCGCAUCGCGAGGGAACUCGGCACGCCGACAGCAGGCGGUCCCAAGGACGGCGACCUGGACGGCGAGUUCGCGGCGCAGGACAUCCAGGACGACGGCACGUACACCGAUGCUAUCGAUUACGAGGAGGACGACGACGACCCGUUCUGGAACUGA